GUAGCAUCCAUGGUUUCAAAUGAGAGAGGGAGGAAGGCAGAAGAAGACGAAGUACUAGUCUGUCCAAUUAUUAUAAAUCAUAUCAAUAUUAAAUACACACAAUCAAGCAACCACCACCACCACACCAUGAAAAAUAAUGCUUAACAUCAAUAACAUAUAAAACCAUAAAAGAAAUAAUUAAAAAUGGAUUUAUACUAAUUCAAUUUCCUUACUCGUCUUCCAUCUCUUUCCUAGCUACUACCUCCUGCAGUUUCCAGGCUUGAAGUCAAACCCCUAUUUCUCAAGAAUAUUUGUUCUUCUAACGCUCCAUCCAAUUCAGCACUUUUGCAAAAUGGUUUCAAAUUCUUCCACAAGGGACAGGUUCUCAAAAUUAUAAGGUUGACCAAGCUUUCUUUCAUUUUUCCCCAUAAUCAGAGUUAUAGGGAAACUCAAUAGUGUUGGAGAUCAAGGCAGAGAAAGAAAUGGAAUUCAGAAAAAAAUUUCUGGAACUAGGUGGAAGAUGAAGUGUUAGUUGGCAUGAUUCAAGUUUUACAGCCCAAUGGGGUAACCUCUCUUUCAGAUUAUGAUGGAGUUACCAGAUAUUUGGAUAUUAAGACUGGUUGUGGCAUGUGUUUUUUGUCUGCUUAUAUUUAUCAGAUCGGCUUCUGGCUCUGCAACUGAAGGCUUUGAAAACAUAGCAUGCUGUGCUGAUUCAAACUACACAGAUCCCCAAACCACCUUAAAUUACACAACAGAUUACAGAUGGUUCCCUGAUAAAGGAAGUUGCAGAAGAACUAAAGAUGUGUUAAAUGAAAAAGUUCGACUGUUUUUUGUAGAUGAAGGAAAGAGAUGUUACAACUUGCCAACAAUUAAGAAUAAAGUAUAUCUGAUAAGGGGCACAUUUCCAUUCAACGGUGUAAAUUCUUCCUUUAAUGUCUCAAUUGGGGUAACACAGUUAGGUGCAGUGAGAUCAUCCGGGCUCCAGGACUUGGAAAUUGAGGGAAUUUUCAGAGCUACCAAAGACUACAUAGACUUCUGCUUAGUGAAGGGGGAGGUGGAUCCCUUUAUUUCUCAACUUGAAUUAAGGCCAUUGCCUGAAGAGUAUCUACAUGAUUUGCCUGCCAGUGUUUUAAAACUGAUAAGCAGAAAUAGUUUUUGGGGCACAAAAGAUGAAAUAAGGUUCCCAACCGACCCAAGUGAUAGAAUCUGGAAAGCAACUUCAAGUUCAUUAUCUGCUCUUCUAUUGUCUUCCAAUGUCAGCAAUUUUGACCUCAAAUCCAAUGUGACACCACCUCUACAAGUCCUCCAAACAGCUGUUACCCACCCUGACCGAUUACAGUUCGUCCUCAGUGGCCUUGACAUUGAGGAUAAUGAAUAUCGUGUAUUUCUCUACUUCCUAGAAUUAAAUAGCACUGUCAAAGCAGGCAAAAGGGUGUUUGACAUCUAUGUUAAUGGUGAGAUUAAAAAGGAGAGAUUUGAUAUAUUGGCUGGAGGGUCCAACUACACAUACACUGUCUUGAAUGUUUCAGCAAAUGGAUUACUUAAUCUAACCUUGGUCAAGGCCUCUGGAGCUGAGUUUGGACCCCUUUUGAAUGCUUAUGAGGUCCUGCAGAUGCGAUCAUGGAUUGAAGAGACCAACCAAAAGGAUGUGGAAGGGAUUCAGAAGAUUAGAGAAGAAUUGCUGUUGCAAAACCAAGACAAUAAAGCACUAGAGAGUUGGACUGGAGACCCUUGUUUUUUCCCCUGGCAAGGAAUAACAUGUGACGGUUCAAAUGGUUCGUCUGUUAUCACUAAGCUGGAUCUGUCUGCACGAAAUUUCAAAGGACAAAUUCCUUCCAGUAUCACUGAGAUGACCAACUUAAAACUACUAAACCUGAGCCACAACGAUUUCAAUGGUUAUAUCCCCUCGUUUCCACUGUCCUCCCUGUUGAUAUCAAUAGAUUUGAGCUACAAUGAUCUUAUGGGAUCACUUCCAGAAUCAAUCGUCUCACUGCCACAUCUAAAAUCGUUGUAUUUUGGCUGCAACAAACGCAUGAGCAAAGAGGAUCCAGCAAAUUUGAACAGUUCACCAAUCAAUACUGACUAUGGAAGAUGCAAAGGAAAAGAACCUAGAUUUGGACAAGUAUUCGUCAUUGGUGCUAUUACAUGUGGAUCACUUUUGAUUACUUUGGCCGUUGGAAUCAUUUUUGUUUGCCGCUAUAGACAAAAGUUGAUUCCAUGGGAAGGAUUUGGUGGAAAGAACUACUUAAUGGAAACAAAUGUAAUAUUCUCUUUGCCAAGCAAAGAUGAUUUCUUAAUAAAGUCUGUAUCAAUUCAAACAUUCACUUUGGAAGAUAUAGAGGUGGCCACAGAAAGGUACAAAACUUUGAUUGGAGAAGGAGGAUUUGGUUCUGUUUACCGUGGCACUCUAAACGACGGUCAAGAAGUGGCAGUGAAAGUCCGGUCAGCCACAUCAACUCAGGGAACUCGAGAAUUUGAUAAUGAGCUAAACCUACUUUCUGCAAUACAGCAUGAGAACCUGGUGCCUCUUCUUGGUUACUGUAACGAAAAUGAUCAACAAAUUCUCAUGUAUCCUUUCAUGUCCAAUGGUUCUUUGCAAGAUAGACUCUAUGGGGAACCUGCAAAGAGAAAAAUAUUAGACUGGCCAACUAGACUGUCUAUUGCUCUUGGUGCGGCACGAGGUUUGGCAUAUCUUCAUACAUUUCCAGGACGUUCAGUAAUACACAGGGACGUGAAAUCAAGCAAUAUACUUCUAGAUCAUAGCAUGUGUGCUAAGGUUGCCGAUUUUGGUUUCUCAAAAUAUGCUCCUCAGGAAGGAGACAGUAAUGUUUCCCUUGAAGUAAGAGGAACUGCAGGGUACCUGGAUCCUGAGUACUACAAAACCCAGCAAUUGUCUGAGAAGAGUGAUGUUUUCAGCUUUGGCGUGGUUUUACUUGAAAUUGUGAGCGGCAGGGAACCUCUCGACAUAAAGAGGCCACGGAACGAGUGGAGCUUGGUUGAAUGGGCUAAGCCAUACAUUAGAGUAUCAAAGAUGGAUGAAAUUGUGGAUCCUGGCAUCAAGGGAGGAUACCAUGCAGAGGCAAUGUGGAGAGUAGUGGAAGUAGCCCUGCAAUGUCUUGAACCCUUCUCAGCAUAUAGACCAAACAUGGUUGACAUUGUCCGGGAGUUAGAGGAUGCUCUCAUCAUAGAAAACAAUGCAUCAGAAUACAUGAAGUCAAUAGACAGCCUUGGAGGAUCCAACCGCUACUCUAUUGUCAUAGAGAAAAGGGUGCUGCCCUCAACUUCAUCAACAGCAGAAUCAACCAUCACAACCCAAGCCUUGUCCCACCCACAGCCAAGAUAGUAAAUGGGUGAAAAUGGAAUUCUUUUCAUUCGUUUUUCUUAACAGCUUUAGUCAUAAUACAUAUCAAAUAGUAAAGGAGAGAAUACUACUCGUUUUUGUGAUUGUACUUUCAUCCACUCUAUGCCUCUUGAAACUAAUCUCUCUUGCUUAGCCUCAUUUUUAUGAGUAAUAAAUUGGGUCAAAUGCAAAAGGCCAUAUCGUUUGCCAAGUCCAAACUUGACUGGUAAAGUUUGCGUAAACCAGAUUGUGAUUUAAUCUUAAGACAGUUCAACCGUGCAUUCUACAAAGCUAUAGAUACAUUGGUUGGACUUGACUAAUUCCAUAAAGCAGGACGAACACCUAAGUUUGUAAGGAAUAUUCUAAGUCCAGCCUAACAAUUAUUAAGAGUUCCUUUA